AUAAGUGUUUGCGUGAGUGGUGUUGACGUAACACAUGAUAAAACUGGCGAUACUGUGAGCGUACGGAUAGACAAAGGGUUGAUUAAUGGGCGCCGGGAGUCAUACGAGGGCCGGGAUCUGGGCGUAUAUCUGGGCGUACCGUACGCUCAGCCACCGGUCGGACCCCUGAGGUUCAAAAAGCCGGUGCCAGUGGUUGACAAGUGGACGGAACCAUUGAAUGCCCAGCACUGGCCGCCCGCCUGUUAUCACAUGAAAGUGCACAACGAAUACGUCAACUCUAAUAUGUCUGAAGACUGCCUGUAUCUCAACAUCUGGUCGCCGGCCACCAACCCCUCGGCACCGGAAACACUCCGACCGGUAAUGUUUUGGAUACACGGCGGGGGAAUGGUAUUGGGAUCAGCUGUUGAGAAGUGGUACAGCGGACACGUACUGUCAGCGCUCGGCGAUGUGGUUGUGGUCACAAUCAACUAUAGACUUAAUAUAUUUGGCCAGUUGUAUACAGGAGAGGAGGGUCCGGCGCCGGGCAAUCAGGCCCUAUGGGAUCAGGCGCUGGCACUGGAGUGGGUCAGCGAUAAUAUCAAAUACUUUGGCGGCGAUCCCGAUAUGGUUACGGUGUUUGGCGAGAGUGCCGGCGCUAUAUCGACGGCAAUUCACACGUUGUCACCGGUCAGUCGACAUCUGUUUCGGCGGGCGAUUGUGAUGUCCGGAGCGCCGCUUAACAGCCGUUUACUGCCCGACAAGCGCCUGUUAAAGAGCCGAUGGGUGGCCGCAGCCGUUAAACUGGGCUGCGAUGCCGGCGACAGUGAAAGCACCGAUAGGUUUACCCCUCAACUCAUUGACUGCCUGUUGGGACAGUCGGCCGACCGAUUGGUAACAAUACAAAGUAUGAUAUCCGCCGAUGAGGUCGGGCUAAUGAGUCUUAUAGUGGACGGACAGCUCCUACCGGACGCACCGGACGUAAUGCUCCGCAACGGAGACUACAAGAAAGGCCUAAACCUAAUGAUCGGCACCAAUGAAGACGAGGGCUCUUUUAUCCUACCUAUGAUAGCGCCGGACAGGUAUGACAAGUGGGCGCCUAAACCCUUAGCCCAUAACGAGUUUGUGACUGAUUUUAAGCAAUUUUUAUUCGGCGUAACGCCUGGCGGACUACCUGUCAAUGCCGAUGAUAUCGUUAAGUUUUACCUGAAUGGUCUGUCCGGCACUGAUAGCGUGCGUAAACAAGUGGGUGUAGCCAUAGGCGAUGUAGUGCUCGGCUGUCCCACCAUAUUGUAUGGGAAGGCCGUACACUCGGGUGACCCGACGGCCCGCGUCUAUCAGUACUACUAUAACACCAAAUCGGGUGAUGAGAAACUUUUGUGUUCAAAAUGGAUGGGUGUCUGUCAUUUCAAUGACAUAUACCCUGUGUUUGGUUUACCACUGAUUGAUGAGCACAAGUAUGUCGAGAGGGAACGGCAGGUCUCCCGACAAAUGAUAGACAUAUUGAGUACAUUUGCUCGCACUGGGAGUCCGCCGGCGCAGAGCGGCGCUCAAUGGGAGCCAUACUAUUCAAUAGACGGCCAGACAAUCGGCCCGUACUAUGAGUUCACUAAUGAGCCCAAAGUUGGCACUAAUUUUGGACUAAAUCUCAAACAUAUUGAGUGCGAAGUCUUGUGGAAAAAGCAUUUAAUUAAAUAA